AUUUUCAGGUUUCGUUCCAUCACAUCAAAAUCCUAAUGGCCUACCUAUCUUCAUUCUUAGUCCUCUCAUGCCUCCUAACACUCCCCCUUCCGACUAUACAAGCCUACUACUCAAGCACUCCGCAUUACCCUGGCAAGAAGUCGAUGAACGUCAUCGACUCGUGCUGGCGGUCGAACACUAAUUGGGCAGCAGACAGGCGGGCCCUUGCCGAUUGCGCCGUCGGGUACGGUAGCUACGCGAUCGGGGGGAAGUAUGGGUCCAUCUACGUGGUCACCAGCCCGCUGGACGACCCCGUGAAUCCAAAGCCGGGGACGCUCCGGUGCGGCGCGAUCCAAGAUAAGCCGCUUUGGAUCACCUUUGCCAAGGACAUGAGGAUCGCUCUCAAGAACGAGCUGAUGGUGAACAGCUACAAAACCAUUGAUGGUAGGGGGGCAAAAGUGGAGAUAGCGAACGGGCCGUGCAUCACGGUGCAGUACGUGAGCCAUGUGAUCAUACAUGGGAUCAGCAUCCACGAUUGCAAGCCCGGGAAACCGGGCCUCGUGAGGGACUCGCUGGCGCACGUCGGCCACCGGCAAGGCUCUGACGGCGAUGCCGUCACUAUCUUCGCAUCUUCGCACAUCUGGGUUGAUCACUGCUUACUAGCAAGUUGCACCGACGGCCUCGUCGACGUGACCCAUGCUUCCACAGCGGUCACUGUCUCGAACAACUAUUUCCAGCAUCACGAUAAGGUGAUGUUGUUCGGACACAAUGACAAGUACACGGCCGAUAAGGUUAUGAGGGUGACGGUUGUCUUUAACCGCUUCGGUCCGGGUCUAAUCGAGAGGAUGCCAAGGGUUAGAUUUGGGUAUGCCCAUGUAGCCAACAACCAGUACGAUGAGUGGCGGAUGUAUGCUAUCGGUGGCAGCGCCAAUCCCACCAUUUUCAGCGAGGGCAACUAUUUCCUGGCCUCCAAGAAUCCUGUUUCCAAGCAGGUGACCAAGAGAGAGACCACGAGCGGCAAUUGGAAGAGUUGGAAAUGGAGGUCGUCGAGAGACGUGUUCGAGAACGGCGCGUACUUCGUGCAAUCCGGCUACGGGUCUUGUGCCCCGCUUUACUCCGGAGCUCAGUCCUUCGCGGUGGCCGAUGGUUCAAAAGUUCCCGCGCUGACUUCCGAUGCUGGCCCUCUCCCGUGCACACUAGGCAAAGCAUGUUGAGAGUUUUCUUGACCUAAUUUGUGCCUCGUUGUUAUGGUCCAUUGACAUGUGUUUUGGUCCUUGGCUUUGUGUCUCUUUUGGAUUCCCAAGUGCCGUCUAAAAGGCUUCUUGGGAGAGAUCGAUUGUGCAAUCAAUACUUGAUUUUAUGCAUUGGGGGUUACUAAUUGUGAUGUGCA